ACCGGCGUGCCGUGACGCUCAUCGUCCACAAGACCGACGGGCCGCGCACGAGCCAGACAAUCCAGCCGCUCCUUCAAGCGGCACAUUGGAAAUUGCACGAGAUGCCACGCCGGAUUGAGGUGUACGCCGCCGCCGCCGCCGACGGCACAAGAGCGACACAGGUCUCGUUCUACACGGGCCACAGCCUCCUGUUCACUAAGCUGUGCGGGACGCAAGUGUCGUAUCUGGUCGUGCUACAUGGGCCCAACUGCGUCGCCCAGUCGGUGGAUCACCUGCUGUACGACCCCAGCCGGGACUGCUGUCUGUGCCCGCGGCAGGUGGUGCCCCUGAGCAUGCGACGAGCUGUGUUCGAGGAUCCGGGCCACGGGCCCUGGGUUCCCAUGGUGGUGAAGAUGUCGGUUCGCGACGGCCUUGUCGGCGCCAUGUCCUCCCCAGGGGGGCAUCAUUGGCCGCUUCUUCCGAAAGCGCAGGACGGAGCGUUGGUGGCGAUUGCGCCUCCUUCCCACUCUCCGUCGUCGGAGACUGCAGCUCCCCGCGGAACCGUCCCGGUGGAUCGUCCGCCCACGGUCAGCGCUGCCUUGGAUCCUGUGCUCACCACCCCGACGGCUGCCAGCCAAGAGGACCAAGAAACGAUAGCCGCGUCGCAGCUGGCCGCUGGGCCGCUUGAACUGGAAACGGGCGCGCAGACGACCGCAUCGGACACCGCAUCAGACACGGCAUCGGACACCGCAGCACCGGUCCCUCUCGUGUCAGUGGUGGAAUGCCUCGCCCCCCACCCGGAUGACAAUCCCGAGUUCGCGUCUAAUGCGCUGCCCUCGACCAUCUCCCGGAAUAUGACCUCUGCGGAUCGUGCGUGGUGGCAGACCUGGCCAGAACCACCCCGGGAUGUCCAAACGUCACCGAGCGCGGCGGAUCACAGCAUUGGGCGCUGUCAGGUAAGUUCUCCCUUGUUAUAUCAUGUCCUUCACCACCGGUGCCCUUCUUCCAUAUCAUUCUUCCCUGUCCUUUCGAUGAAGUCCAGACGGUUCUCCUCCCUCUCGCUGGAUCUGCCCCGCCGUUUCCCUACGAACCCCUUGCUCUCCCGUUGCACACGAGGGGACACCGUGAUUUAACAAUCCUACAGGUCCAGGAAUCACAUCGGUCAUGCGAGCCACCCCAGGGCCUCUCGAAAGGGCAAUACGCUCGGGUCCAGCUCCGUGAGCCGGGCGGGGAUGGCACCACGACCGGCCGGUACGUCCUCUACGUCCACGAGGUUCUGCCACCGACCCCAUCGCAUGGUCCGGGCGCCCGCCUCGUCGUCACGAAAUACUCCUUCCUGGCCGACCGGUUAGCGUGGGAAGCCGGGCAUUCAGACACUCAGGCCCAGGAGCUGCUCCUGCACUUCCGGGACGCUGCCCGGGUUGGCUAUCCGGACGACGCGGAGAUUAUUGCCACCGACACCGUGGUCGCGGUGGAUUCGAUGGACA